AUGUCCCUGACACGAAUCCCUUUACAACAAGUGUUCCGCAGCCGGCAGAAAAGCUCAUCAGUGUCGUCUCGCGACUCCACGAUCAGUAUCUCAUCAAAUUCAUCAGUCUCUACAGCAGAAGAGAAAGUCUCCCUAUUUUCGAAUCCACCCAAUCUUAACACGAAAGUUCUACCACCCGUACCAACAAAGCAGCAGAGUCGGACAAGCACUCCAUUUACGUUCGCGCAGUUUGCGGGUGGGUUUGCGGGUAUGUCGUCUUCGGGCUCGCCACCGACGAUGAGGGGUACGAGGACCCCGCAGAUGCUGGAGUACGAACGGCAGGCUGAAGAAAGAGCGAGAGAAAUGGCGCAAAUUGAAGAGGAUCGGGCGAGGAUGCAGGAGGAGAUGGAUAAGAUGACCAGAGAGCAGGAGAGGAUUGCGCAAGAGGAGUACGAGAUGAGGCAGUAUUACGAGGCAGAAGCGCUGAGACAUGCGGAGGAAAUGAGGCUGCAUAAAGAGGUAGAAGUGCGCCGACACCAAGAGCGAAUCCGGGAUCACGAACGUCGGAUACGCGACCACGAAGCCAGCGCCGAAGCAUUCGCAAAAGUAAUCGUAAUGCCAGCAAAGGGAGGUCGACAGGUAUCAUUCAUGUCGCCUGGAUCACGAAAUGGAAAUGGAAGUGGGAAUGGGAUAGGAAAUGGGGCACCAAACGGAAUGAAUGGAGUUUGA